UACAAGUUUUGUUCCCUCUUGCCUGAUUUCAUUUCCUCCCCAUAUUUGUUUGUUUUUAAUAAAUUACACUACAGUGUCAGGAAUUAAAAAUCCUUUGAAACUUCAGUAAAAUGAAACAGUAUGCCUUGCUGAAGAUGAGGAUUGAGUCGACAGCAGCAACAACCCAAAGCGGAACCAAAAGUUUCGAAGUUCCAAGUAAGCGAUCAGUUCUAAAGUAAACGACCGAGUCCUCGACUCUUUUGUUGCAUCGAUGGGCUCGGGCGAUGAGCUCCGUUUCUCGCUGCACGAUCUGAUCUUCAUCUGCCUCGGGCUGGCCACUUUUCUCUUCGAUCUGGGGACUGAUGUCUGGGUGGUGGCCUCUUUCUUCGAGGCAGGAGAUUAUUUCUGGGCUGGUGCCGUGUUACUUGUGGUGCUGUUUUGCUCAGUGGUCGUUCAGAUGUUCAGCUGGUGCUGGUUUGCCGGGGAUCGAGAGCAGUUGAAGAGCCUUUCCAAUUCGGGACUCCUUCCGCCCUUCAAGACCACGGUCGGGGAUGGUGCCCUGCGGCUAUUACACGGACUGCAGCUGGGAUUCCUGGUCAGGUAUAUAACAGCACUGGAGGUGGGGUUCCGAAUGCACAAAGAAAGGGACACUGUGGGUCUGCAAUAUAUUAUUUACCUGAUCAAUGAUAUCAGCAUGCUACGACUCUUCGAGAGUAUUUUUGAAAGUGCUCCUCAACUCACACUGAUGCUGUAUAUCAUGAUGUUGAAGAACCAAAUGAAGCUUCACCAGUGUUUCUCCAUUGUGGCGUCUUUCCUUUCCAUUGCCUGGGCCAUCCUGGACUUUCACAAAUCCCUGCGCAGCUCGCUCUCUGACAAAAUGCAUCUUAAAUUCAAGUCUGCGCUGAUUUAUUUUAUCUUUAACCUGCUACUCAUCUGUCCUAGGAUUUGUAGCAUCGCCCUGUUUGCAACCAUAUUCAAACACUAUGUCCUCUUGCACUUUGCUCUUAUAUGCCUGCCAAUGUUUAUUUGGACUUGCCAGCAAGGCACGGACUUUAUGAACAACAUUCCUGAAGAAGUUUUCUACAGGGGUGCAGUAGCUGUGAUCUUGUAUUUCACCUGGCUUAACGUUGCUGCGGGAAAAACGAUCAUCAGACAGAUUAUUUAUCACUCGUUCUUGGCUGUGGAUUGUGGGAUUUUAGUUGGAUUUUGGUGGAUCUAUAGAGAUCCAGUUUUAACUGCCUCCUACACACUCCCACUCCUUAUUGCAAUAUCAUCAUCAUAUUUUCUUGGAGUGAUUGUAAAGUGCACUUAUUACAAGUAUCUUCAUCCUACACUCACAGCAGACUUGCUAACAACUGAUGAAACAGACAUUCAACAAGAGGUUGGAUUCCGAUCCAUUUGUGAGAGCAGACCUUUGAUAAACAAGAGAAUGCAAAUUCUAUCCAAAUGUUUUUACUUUUCUAAACCUGAGGGAAACAGACGCCGCUCAAAUAUGGAGGAAACUAAAGUCUAAGGGUCCAGUAUUCUGUUGAAUGUCAAUUUAUGUAAAAGUUUUUUUCUCCGCCAUUAAAUUUCAUGUCUCAUAUAUUUCAGGUCAAAAUGCACUAAGGAGAAUGCGCACAAUAAGAGCAGGUCAUUCUUCAAAUAAUUUUUGUUCCAACUUUCUCCCCUCUUGCCAAUCUCAGGUUACGUAAUGGGUGUUAUUAAACUAAUGUGCUUAAACUCAGCAUCUCGGAAUGGAGAUGCCAACCAUGAGUCAAUGAAGGGGAGUAUCUCUAUGAUUACUCAAGGUGGUGUUAAUUCUUCCUCAUCUAUUGAGUUAUGUAGAAAUUAUAAUGGAAUUAGGUCAUUGGGCCAAAUUGUAUGAGCAAUAAGUUAAAACCGAUGUUUUUGUCCUGUUCCCAUGUCUGUUUCCUUUUGUUCAACCAUAAUCUGCCUGAAGUGUUGACAUUAUGUAAUUGCUGCUUUUCAAAUGUCUACCUACUGACCGGAUUACCAAUCACAACAGCUUAUCAAUAACGUUGGGCAGGUUCUUUUUUUACUCAAAAUUAUUCACUAUACCUAUUUUACUAUCAUUGACAAAUUUGGACACUACUUGCACUAGCAUUAUGUAUAUAAUAUUGAUACAGAAACUAACAGAAAUAACUCUGGAACAGAAAUCUUUGGGGCAUAGUUAUCUGCUGUCACUCCCUCAAAGAAAUAAAACAGCUUUGAACUUCUAAUUUAUUUUCUGCUUCCAACUAUUUUACAAUGCAAGAAGUUAUAGUUCCCCUAAUUCUGUGCCCCUUAAUCAUGUCCAGUAUUAUCUAGUUUGUUAAAUUUUCAAAGACUUUCUGGAUGUCUUAAACUUACAUUUGUCCUGCAAUCCUGUUCAGUUACUUCUUUGUUGUUCCCAGGUUAGAUUUUUGAGUUAGCUGAGCUCAGCUGGAGCAGUAGUGAGAACAUCCAAAUUGGCCUCAGGAGUUCUGGCUGAAUUUUCCCACAAUAUAUGUCAUUUAUUGUAAGCUUGUAUAACAGAAAGAAAAUUAGAUUGAAUUUUACUGCCUUCACCUACUCAAAAUGAAUAAAAUACAGUCAAAAACAAACAAGUUUCAAAACUUCUUUAUGUAUAUCAUGGUGCAGCAGAGAAAUUUACAUAAUUUAUCAUUACAAAUACAGAGAUUGAAUUGUAUAAUCAAUCACAAAGUUAGGCAACUGAAAUGGAAGAUAUUAAGGCUUCUCGGGAUGGAUCCGAAUGAAAGCCAUGAGAGUGGGAAAAUUCAAGGCUUAAUGCCCUGCUUAUGUCAGCUCAGUUGAUUGUUGCCAGGGACUAAUGAGCAGCACAAUAACUGGCUGUGACACUAUAGGUUUAGAGAUGAAAAAUUGGUGCAAGGAGGGAGUUGUUUUCAUUGAUUGCUACAGUUCUCUGCCUGUUGAGGUUAGGGGAACCAAUUUAGGCUAUGAUGUUACAAUAGUCAUGAUCGAGGUUCACACAAGAAAUACAGCAACUUGAGUGAGGUACAGACAGUGCUUAUAGCAGAAUACAGCAUUUAAUGAAUGCCGAACAGAGGAGAUUGAACAGGAAAAGAUUAUGAGCUCUUUGUGCAAGUUGUUGUUAUUGUAUAUCUUAUCUGGAGAAUGCAACAAAUAUUUGGUAUGACUGAAAACGUUAUCAGCCAGUUUACAUAUGACAAGUGAAGCAUUAAUAUAUAACCAAAUGUAUUAUGUGCAAAUAGAGAUAAAGUGUGAGGAUGGGAAUAUUUCCUUUGGGCAAAUGAUAUAUGGCAAACAAUACACUUCUAAAGAAUGCAUUUAUGACUAUACUGUAUACCUAAAUGCAGAUGAAAUCCCAUCCUCCCAAAAAGGCCACUUAUAGUGGUUAUAUGCAGUUAGAUAUUUGACAACGUGUAUGUGCCAGCUCAAAUGCAGAGAUUGAAAUGUUUUAGAGUUACAUUAGUUUAAAACUUUAUCAAUUUCUCAGGGUAAAUGUAAGUAUUAAAAUUAACAGUAAUUCUGAUUUAGUUAGUUUGAACUGCUUAUAAUUCAUUAUUUGUGAAAGAAAUGCAAAGUAUUGAGUGUUUAAUCUGGAUUGACUGUAAAUAUAUCAGCUGUCCCUGAAGGCUGCAUCUUCAUUUGUACUUGGUACCUCAACAGGUCAGCUGUUCUUAUUUUCACGUAUGUAUUUGCAUAUGAGACUGAAUAGAAACAACAGUUUUUAACUUAUCUGCUGGAACUGUAGAUAACGCUUUCUUCAUUAUUAUGCUCCUAACUUAGUUUCCUUCCAAUGCUAUACUGUACCUGAUGCAACUUAAAUUCCUUUUUUUUUUAAUUAAAAACUUGUUUCCACUGACUGAAUCCUAACAAUCCAGUCUGGGAUUAAUAAUGACUUGAUAUUCAACAAAAAUGUUAUCAUUUUAAAUUCCUCUCCUUUGAACACUGCUUACUACAUGUUAACUACAUUGAAAGACUUCUCAGCACUUUGGAACUUGAUACUUGCUUCAUUCUCAAAUGAGUUCCCAGCACAGACUGAAAGCUAGAACAAACCCUCUUAGAUUCUCUGAAUAGUUCUCUAUGAACUCUGGGCGACUUCCUAUUACUUGAAAUAUUGUAGUUUUAUUUAUUUUAAAAAGCUAAUUGUUCACUCCAAACACACAGACAAACCCAAACUUGCAAUAAAUGAUACUAAAAUGCAUAUAGAUUAUAUAUAAAUCACACAGUUUCAUCACACCUUUCCCAAAGAAGAAUUAAAAUAAAUCCAAAAGAGGUAUCAAAGUGUUCUGACCACUAAUUCUAUAACAUUCCAACAAUAAGAUGUUGGAAUUAAAUAUACAAUGAGUCGGACAGUAAUCAUUUUUAUACAUUACACAAACUUUGUUAUGUGCGCUCGCAAUAACUCAUGACAUUCCCCUUUCUGAGAAGGUCAAAGGAUUGUGGUCUGUAUAAAUGGAAGUUUCUUCCAUAUUGUUACCAAUGUAAACUUUAAGAUAAUGUAGAACUAAUGUAAAACCUAAUGUCUCUUUAUCCACAGUCAAAUAUUUCUGUUCAUUUGUGUUCAGUUUGUUUUUGAAAAUAACUGACAGGUCGUUCAAUUCUCACUGCAUCAUCUUACAGCGAAACAGCUCCUUAUCAAUAUUACUGGCAUCAAUAGCUAGUUUAAUUUGUUUUGCAUAAUUUGGCACAGCUGACACUGAUGCUGUUGUAAGUAGAGCUUUCAACUUCGUAAAGACAAUUUGAACUGUUACAUUCAUUCAAAUAUUUUGCUUUUUUUUGACAAGUUUAUUUAAAGGUGCACCAUCAACAAUAAUGUUCAGAACAAAUAUGCAAUACAAUCCACUCAUGCUAUACAAUUUAAAAUAUAAUGUUUGGUCUUAGGAAAAAUAGCCUGUACUUUUACUUCUUUUAGUGAUAUUUGCCCCACAAUAUGGCCCCAAUAAGUUACCUGAGACUUGGCUUUUGCAUUCUGACCCAAAUUUAUAACCAACUUGGCUUAUAGCACUUGAUUGAACAAUUACGUCAAAUGAUAUACAGAACAACCUCGAUUAUUGGAACAUCAUGGGCAGGUAGUAUUUUGUUCAGAUAAUCAAAUGUUCGGAUAACUGAUCUGAUAGCCAUGAGGUGUGGGUGUGAGACCAGGUUGCAGUUCCCCCGGUGGCCAGUGGUGUCAUGCGUUCCCCUUGCUACAGGCACACCACGGCCCCAAAUACGGCUUCUCUCGCUUGGUAAGUUCUCUUAUUUAAGCUUUUAUUUAAUAUGUAGCUAUUAUUUUACAACAGAGGAUCUUGUUUCAAAUAGAGUAUCAUACUUCAAGUAAGACUUCAAUGUAAGAUGGAGCAGGAGAUUUUUACGCCCUCAGGUCUCAGCCGUUGUUGUUGUCACAGUUUACCCAAGCAUCGGGACCUUGAGAUCUUGUUCAGAUAAUCCGAAAUUUGGAUAAUCAAGGUUCGGAUAACCAAGGUUGCUCUGUAAAUGCUUUUCUCUGGUUUGUUUAUAAAUUUGGGUCAGAAUGCAAAACCAAAUUGUUGAUAUAAACAGUACAGUUAAAUCCUUUAAUUACUUUAUUGGUCAAGUAUUGAAACAUUGUUGGUGCACUUUUCAUUCCAAAUGGCAUGUUUUUGCACUAACAAAGUCCAUCCGAUGUCACGAAAGCCAAUAUUUCUUUAGAUUGAUCCGUUAAUAAAUUUGUCAAUUUGACUUUAGAAAGUCAACUUCUUUGACCAGCUGUGCAUGUCCAUUCUGUUUAUACAAUCCUCCAGUCUUGAUAUAGGACAUGAGCCCAUUUUCAUUGCCAUGUUGACUUUAUGAUAAUACAAUACCUUUGUAACCCAUCCAACUUUGGUUUCAUUAUGAGUUCUAGCUACUUUGACUCCAUUCUAUAAUGUCUUAUCCCACCUGAGCAAAUCUCCUCACACCGAGACUAUAUUGGUGUUGCUUUAUAGGUAACGUAUCCUCCACAUUAAAGAAUGAAUCAAUCUUCCUUGAUUGAUUGAUUUAUAUUUCUGUACGGAACUUUGUUAGUCACUUUAAUAAUUUUCUGGAAGAUAAGUCAUUAUAAUCUCCACCCUUUUAAGCAUCUCUGGGUUUUUCAUUCUUAUUGUUGGAGUGUUAACUUUUGAAAUUUCCCUUUAAGAUUUAAUUCUCCGAUUGUUCUGGUAUUUCUAUUUCAUUUCUUACUUCCUUCACUAAUGUAAGUACACUUUUCUCCUGACCAUCAUCCCUAUCAUAAUAUCUUUUCAGCACGUUAACAUGACACAUUUGUUGGCUCUUUCUUCUGUUUUGUGCGCUCACUACAUAAUUUACAUUCAAGAGUGUGGUGCUGGAAAAGCACAGCAAGUCAGACAGCAUCCAAGGUGCAGGAGAUUUGACAUUCUGGGCAAAAGGCUUUCAUCAGAAUUCUCCAGCACCACACUCUCAACUCUGCAGCAUCUGCAGUCCUCAUUUUCGCCUACAUAAUUUACAUUAUUGAGUUCCUUCUCAAUUUGUUAAGGUCCAGUGAACCUUGCUUUUAAUGAUUUCCCAGAGUCUGGCAACAAUAAUAAUACCUUACCUUCUGCAACAAAAGUUAUAAUUUUGGACUUUUUGUCUGCUUUAGUUUUCAUUAUUUGUUGGGUUCUUUCACAUGUCUUCUAGUCAACUUGCAAACAUUCAUCAAUUUCUCUUUAAGACUUAGAUUGAAAGAGUUAGAUUUUUCUGAAUUUUGUUUAUUAAUUUUAUUUAAUGGGCCUCUUACCUCAUGUCCAUAUGUCAAAAGGACUAAAUCCUGUGAACUCAUUAGGAACAUCCCUAAUAGCACAUUUUAACAAAGGAAUUCUUUCCUCUCAAUCAUUCAAAUGUAAACACAAGUUUCAAAAUCUGAUACCAUCUUUUCAAAGUUAAAAAUUACACAUCAGGUUAUAACCUGGUGUUAUGUGAUUUUUAAGUUCGUCCAUACCAGUCCAACACCAGUUCCAGCAUCAUGACCAUCUUUUGGUACAGCUUGAGAUUGUAGGUAAUAAGCAGAUGAUAUAAGUUGUUUGAUUCCAAAACUAGUUAUUAAUUCUUCAAACUGAGACAUAAAAUUUUAACCCAGGUCAGAUUGUAUUUCUAUGGAUAAUCUGCAUUUCAAUAAAUAAAAAAAAAGUUUUCCACUACAGCUUUUACAGUAUUUCUUACUAAAUGCUUUGCUUCAGGAAAUCGAGGAAACAUUGACUCAUUAGAGUUAUGAAAUGACAAUGGUUCUCAUUCCUGAUUUUAGGUUGAGUUUUAUACAACCUAUUUAGACCCUGCUAAAUGGUUCUUCAAAAGCUGGUACUGGAUUUGGAAGAAUGCAAGUUAAACCAACUUUCAUGUACAUGGGUUUCCUCAAACUUUCCAGAACUUUCUCCUGGUCUCUGGAACUGCCCAGACACCAUUAGCCACGCGGCUGCUCCUUCCAUGACUGCCGGGGCGAAUGAUGACGUCACUUCCGCCCCUGCUGCAUGGCCUGCAGCCACUGCCGACCACACCACCUCCGCGAUCGCUGUCCACUCAACGAACUCCACAACUGCCAGGAAGAUUGCUGCUACCCCGACCGCUAGAUUCAUCCCCCUGCCCCAGCACAGACAUGAUACCUACCUUGCAUGUCACUUCCAACCCCAGUUGCUGCUGCAGCAGCCACUUUCGCCCCUAAAGACAUCACUCACCUAGACAUGAAAGGCUCUAUCACCGACAUCACUUCAGCCACCAGUGAUGUCACCCGCCAAGAACCAAACCAAAAUGUUGCCCGCUUCACUCGUGACGUCACUUCCUCCCCUGUGGACGCCGCUAUUAGCCUGUCUGCCCCCUUUGUGAGCAUCACUUCCAUUGAUGAUGUCACUCCUGACCCUAUAAUCACACCCACUCAAGGAAUUGUCUCCGUCUCCAGCUCCAAUCCAGGUCCUAGCUGCCAGCCCUGUCGUGUGUUCACCAUUCCCCCAGACCUCCCCUUCACUGAGAAUGAACGUUUAGUCCUCAGUAAAGGCCUCACCCUUCAUUUCAAACUGCCACUGUGACAUCGACCUCCUCAACCUGUCCACCCC